UGGGUGUGGGUAUGUGGGUGUGUCUGCGCGCUAGAGACAGGUGAUAGUUUCGUUCCUAUACAGAGAGCAGUCUCCUGUGGACAGCCCACAGACACAAGAUGGCCAACCGAGUGAUUAGCACUGCCUUGGUGCUCUUGGCCCUGACACUCAAAGGAACCCGCGCCCAGCUGGACGUAUGUGGGAUGGCCCCCCUCAACAACAGGAUCGUGGGGGGGGAGGACGCCGCGGCCGGGACAUGGCCGUGGCAGGUCAGCCUUCACCGCAAUGGGAGACAUUUCUGUGGAGGGUCGCUGAUCAACAGGGAGUGGGUCCUCACCGCGGCCCACUGCUUCCAGGGGGCUGGAGACUCCACUGUACGCCUGGUGGUGUACCUGGGCCGGGACACCCAGCAGAGCCUCAACCCCAACGAGGAGGUCCGCGCCGUGGCCCGCAUCGUCAACCACCCUGACUACGACGACACUCCCAACAACAACGACGUGUGCCUGCUGCAGCUGUCCGCCGCCGUGACCUUCACCGACUACAUCCGGCCCGUCUGCCUGGCCGCGGCGGCCUCCAGCUUCCCCGCGGGGACGGGGACCUGGGUGACGGGCUGGGGCACCGUCGGCACGGGGGAGCCUCUGCCGGCGCCACAGAGGCUUCAGGAGGUGAUGGUUCCAGUGGUCUCCAACCGGGACUGCAGAACCACCUACAGCACUCUCACAAGCAACAUGAUCUGUGCCGGCCUCACCGACGGAGGGAAGGACUCCUGUCAGGGGGACUCUGGUGGCCCCAUGGUUUACAAGAACGGCUCCCGCUGGGUGGAGGCCGGGGUGGUGAGCUUCGGCAUAGGCUGCGCGUUGGCCGACACGCCGGGGGUGUACGCCCGUGUGUCCGAGUACCAGGACUGGAUCAGCAGGCAGAUCUCCACCAGCCCGCCCGGCUUCAUCAUGGCCACAGGGAACCCCACCGCUGCGUCCAUUGGGGUGUCCAGCGUCGUCUCCUGCUCCGUCCCGCUCCUCUUCCUCCUCCUGCCUGUGCUGUUCUCUCUCUUCCUCUUCUCGUAGACACAGACUCUACACACAAACUCCGUCUUAGUUUGAAGACUCUUACUUCAAACUAAGACACGUUGAUUAAUUUGGUGUAAACCCGCGUGAAUCAGUUUGUUUUCUGAGGACGGACAAAGGGUGGUGGGCGGACGCUGUGAAGAUCCAACACUAUUGAUGCUUUAGACAAGAUCUGUGUGGCUGUGGUUUAUGGAAGGACAUUCAAAGUAGGAUUUAGACUUUAAAAACUCCGGCUGAGCGAAUGAAUGAAUAAUGUGCUUGAUAUUUUCCUUGAUAAAAAUGAAAUUGGUAUUUAUUUUUUAAUUAUAUUUGCAACAGAUUAUUAUUAUGCAUGCAAAAAAUAAAUAAAGUGAAGGAACAAGU